AUGCCGCCCUCCAGGGCCGAUCGUCUCGCGCAGCUUCGCGCUCUGCGUGCGGCGGGCAAGACUGGGUUUGACGACUACCAGGUCCAGGAAGCCGAGUCAAUUUACGAGACUGUUGACGAUGAAGGAUACAAGAAAGUUGUAAGGAGCCGUCUGGACCAGGACGACUUCGUCGUCGACGACAAUGGCGAAGGCUAUGCCGAUGAUGGACGCGAAGACUGGCAGGACGAGCGACAGCCCAUGUACGACAGUGAGAGCGAAGAGGACCUGCCCAAGAACAGCAAAGCAGGUGAGUGUGUCGGAGUGGACUAGUGUAGGAUAUGAAGUUGACGCGUGGAACAGCUAAGCGGAAACGCGAGGACGAUGCCGGCCGACAAGAGAAGCUCAAUAAAGGAAUCAGUAAAUACUUCAGCCAGAAAGCGACAACAAUCGCACCGAAGCCGAAGCCUGUCCGUAAUGCUGAUGAUGAUGCCUUUAUGGCUGGGCUGCUGGGCGAAGUCGACACGAACAUCCAGACGCGUGCGCCUUCGCACGGAAAGGCUAUCAAGAGCAACGAUCGUCGCAAGACAAGAGUUCUGUCUCCACCGCUGGAAGACCGUGAAAAAGUGGCUCGCCGCGCGAAACAACCCGCUCUUGGAGAGCAAGUGCCCACACCUCCUCUUCCAUCAGCUCAGGAUGACGAUGAUGCAUACUUCGCGCCCCAAGACGAUGACAUGCCAAUGAGUGAUCCUCCAUUGCCGUCGUCACCAGCAGCGAAAGCAGUGGAACGCAGAGAACAAGCGAUCAAGGCGGAGGAAGCUGAAGAGGACGACUUGAUGGAGAUAGCCGAAGUGACUGGCUCUUCCAACAUCAAGACGACCAAUGUCAAUAUUAGGGGAAGCCGUCCCGCUCCAAAGAUGAUGAACCCAGCAUAUCCGACACCAGAUAGUUCUUCGCCUACGAGAGCGCCAACGGACGGCGUCGAUAUGACCGCGAUCAACGGUAUCGCAGACAGGCUGAACAUCCUGAGCAGUCCCGCAGCCGCAGAACCUGCGAUGGCCGGGAAGCUCUCAGCAAACGAUGCGGUCGAGGAGGACGGAUCACUUCGUUUCUUCUGGACGGACUAUACCGAGGUCAAUGGGAGUUUGUGCCUCUUUGGAAAGGUCAAGAAUCGUCGCGACAACAGCUUCGUCUCUUGCUUCGUCAAAGUCGACAACAUCUUGCGGAAAUUGUACUUUCUUCCUCGCGAGUACCGACAACGCCAUGGACGUGACUCAGACGAGGAAGUCGACUUCUCUGAUGUCUACAAGGAGGUUGAUGCCCUCAUGACCAAGCUCAAGGUGAACAUGCACAAGAUGAAAGCUUCUUUCAGAAAAUAUACGUUUGAGUUGCCCGGCAUUCCCAAAGAAGCGGAGUACCUGAAGCUGCUCUACCCUUACGAUAAACCCAUGCUCUCAAAUGACGUAAAGGGCGAGACCUUUUCGCACGUGUUUGGCACCAACACGGCGCUUUUUGAGCAGUUUGUCAUGUGGAAGAAUAUCAUGGGACCAUGCUGGCUGAAGAUCAAGGGCGCCGACUUCAACGCGGUCAAAAACGCUUCUUGGUGUAAGCUCGAACUCCAGGUCAACAAGCCCAACGAUAUCACUACCCUGGGCGACUCCGACAACUUGGAAGCACCCCCGCUGACACUGAUGUCUCUCGCUUUGCGCACGACCUUCAACCAAAAGGAAAACAAGAACGAAAUCUUGGUCGCAAGCGUCCGUUUCUACGAAAACGUCUCUUUGACAGACACCACUCCCCCGGAAAAGCUACCGAGUCGCGUAUACACCAUCAUGCGUCCACACGGCGACUACCCUGUGGGUUUCAAGGCCGAAAUCGAAAAGCAAGGCUUGUCUAUCAAGACCGAGAGAAACGAGGGAGCUGUGCUUGCUAAGUUGCUUGCCAUUAUUGGAAUCCAUGAUCCCGAUGCCAUCAUGGGCCACAAACUGGACGACGUCGACUUUGGCAUACUUCUGAGCCGCAUGCGUGACCGAAAGACACCCGGCUGGCAUCGAAUCGGCAGACUGAAGCGCGGAGACUGGCCCAAAAAUGUCGGUAAAGGAGGUGGCGCAUUUUUUGUUGAGCGUCACCUUGCUGCGGGACGUCUGCUUUGCGACUUGGCCAACGACAUGGGCAAGAGUACCAUGACUGCCUGUCAGUCCUGGAGCCUGGACGAAAUGAUCAGUCUUUACCUGGACAACAAGUGCCCACGGAAAGAGAUCGACAACGACAAAGCAUUGGCUCUGGCAACAACCAGAGAAGGCCUCCUGAACUAUGUUAAGAUGUGUGAGGUUGACACUUACUUCAUCGCUGCGCUUGCUUUGAAGCAACAGCUUCUACCCUUGACCAAGGUCCUGACCAAUUUAGCCGGAAACUCCUGGGCAAGGACACUAAGCGGAACUCGCUCUGAGCGAAACGAGUACAUUUUACUACAUGAGUUCUAUCGCAACAAGUACAUCUGUCCAGACAAAGUAUGGGGCAAAGGCGCCUCAAACAAGAAGCUCGAAGAGGACAAUCCUGAAGGCGAUGAGGGCGCUGACGCCAAGAAGAAGGACAAGUACAAGGGAGGUCUUGUGUUUGAGCCAGAAAAGGGUCUCUACGACAAGUUCAUCUUGGUGAUGGACUUCAACUCGCUGUACCCGUCUAUCAUCCAGGAAUACAACAUCUGCUUCACCACUGUAGAUCGCAGCGAAAUCACCGACGAGGACGAAAAGGUGCCGGAAGUGCCAGAAGAUACCUCCAACAAGGGCAUUCUCCCGAGGCUCAUUCGCACCUUGGUCAGCCGGAGACGGGAGGUCAAGAAGUUGAUGAAAGACAGAUCGGCGACCGAGGACCAGCGGAAAACCUGGGACGUCAAGCAACAAGCCUUGAAGCUCACGGCCAAUUCCAUGUAUGGAUGCUUGGGUUACACCAAAUCUCGAUUCUACGCUCGACCGCUUGCGGCGCUCACUACCUCCAAGGGACGAGAGAUUCUACAGUCAACCAAGGACUUGGCCGAGUCUGCGCAUGCUCUCCGAGUCAUUUAUGGUGACACUGACUCUGUCAUGGUCAAUACCAAUGUCGACAAUAUUCAAGAUGCAUUAAAGAUGGGCAAAGAGUUCCAGAAGAGCGUCAACGAGAGAUACGAGUUGCUCGAGAUUGAGAUUGAUCACAUCUUCCGCCGGUUGCUUCUGCAUGCCAAGAAGAAGUACGCUGCAAUUCAAAUGGUUCAGGCGGAUGACACCGUCUGGAGAGAAAAGCUCGAUGUCAAAGGUCUCGACAUGAGGCGAAGGGAAUACUGUCAGCUAUCCAAGGACACCUCGAAGUAAGCGUCCCUGUUUCUCGGUAAAAGACCUCUUGCUAAUCUUGAUCUUAGGCAACUGCUUGACUAUCUGCUUUCCGGCGAGGAUCCCGAAAAAGUGGUGUCUCAGAUUCACGACCACCUCCGCGCUCUAGGCGAGAAGAUGCGAAACAAUGAGAUCCCAAAACACAAGUACACCAUCUACACCCAGCUUGGCAAGAACCCAAAAGAGUAUCCAAACGGCAAAACGAUGCCUGCCGUGCAGGUAGCUUUGAAACGCCUGGCGAAGGGAAAGCCAGUCAAAGCUAAGGAUGUCAUGGCCUUCGUGAUCUGUGGCAACAGCUCUGGCUCGACAGAGAAUGCGGCCAAGAACGCACAUGAACUGGACGAGGUCCUAGCGAAAGAAAGCGAGCUCACCCCUGACGUCGACUAUUACCUCCACAAGCAAAUCCUGCCCCCGGUCGAGCGUCUAUGCGCUCCAAUCAGCGGCACCAACAUCACUCUCCUGGCCGAAUGCCUUGGAUUGGACACCAGCAAGUACCGUGUCAGCGGUGCAACGAAGUCCACGGAGCAAAGCAACGAGAUCACGACUUUGGAGAGCCAGGUCCCUGACCACAUUCGCUUCAAAGAUUGCGAGCCUCUAGGACUCCUCUGCCUGGGCUGCAAACAGCACUUUGAGUAUCGGGGCAUGAAUUAUACUCCAUCUUCGGAUGAGGUCCCCUUAACACCCCUCGGUGUUCUCACCAAUGAUGGUCUGGCCUGUCCACGAGCCGAAUGCAAAAAGCGAAUAACAACGCUGGCGUUGUCCGCACAGCUGGAGUCUCAAAUUCGACGGCACACGGCUCGGUACUACUCUGGCUGGCUCGUGUGUGACGAUCCAGCGUGCGGUCUGCGAACACGGCAGAUGAGCGUCUACGGUCAUCGAUGCCUAGGACCUAGGGGUCUGGCGCAUGGCUGCUCGGGACGCAUGGCGUUCGAAUACAGCGAGAAGGCGCUCUACAACCAGCUGCUGUAUCUCCAAAAUGUUUUCGAUGUUGAUAAGAGCUUGAGCAAGAUGGGCGCAGGCGGGACCGUGAAGCCGGAGAACGAGCAGAAUGAGAAGGCCAAGGUACUUGCUGGCAUGAAUCGUGAUCGAUUUGCAGUGUGUUGGGACGUAGUGAAGGCAUAUCUGGACAAGAGCGGAUGGGGCUGGGUAAGCAUGGAUUCGCUUUUCGCGUUUGCGAUGAAGAACAUUGCAUAG